GUGUGAGGGGGGACGGCGCGAGGGGGUCGAGUCGCCGCACGCUGCGUGCAUUUGCUAGUACCGCGCGAAGAGCGCGCGUGGUUCGUGAUAUAAUCAGAGCGGUGACAGACUGUCACGCACGAGACUACACCCGGCCUCAUAAUGUCAAAUCGAGCAUGGGUGACUCUGGCCACGAACGAUUCGUACGGCCUCGGGGCGUUGGUGUUGGCACAUUCGCUGCGCCGCGCCACCUCUGCCUACCCGGCCGUGGUGCUCAUCACGCCGUCAGUGACUGAUGCCAUGAGAGAACGUCUCCGCGCUGUGUUCGCGGAUGUUGUGAUAGUGGACGUUCUGGACUCCAAAGACGCGGCGCACCUAGCCUUGCUGCAGAGGCCUGAGCUCGGCAUCACCUUCACAAAGAUCCACUGCUGGAGCUUGACUCAGUACGAAAAGUGCGUCUUCCUUGACGCUGACACAUUGGUAAUCCAAAACUGCGAUGAGCUAUUCGAGCGCGAAGAGCUGUCAGCGGCGCCUGACGUCGGCUGGCCAGACUGCUUCAACUCCGGAGUCUUCGUGUACAAACCCUCCAACGAGACCUUCGAGAAACUCAUCAAAUUCGCACAGGAACGAGGCAGUUUUGACGGUGGUGAUCAAGGUCUCCUCAACUCCUUUUUCUCAGACUGGGCACAUGGAGACAUCAACAAACACUUGCCAUUCCUUUACAAUGUCACAUCUGCGGCCUUCUAUUCCUAUCUGCCCGCGUUGAAACACUAUGGGCAAGACUUAAAAAUCAUCCAUUUCAUCGGCAUUGCCAAGCCGUGGUUGCAACAGUUCAACUGGGAGUCCCGCACUGUCGACGCGCCCGACCACUUGAAAGGGCUUCUCCAACUCUGGUGGGACUUAUUCGUGGGCCAGGUCCAUUCUCAGCUUGACGUCACUAUGGUUGAGGUGCAAGACCCCACCCCGGCGUUACCUCCGCACGACGUCAGCCAACAUUACGCGCCCGUCGUCGACCCCGAAUCAGAGUUCCCCUGGCAUCACCCAGAUGCGCAACCCAAGGAAGUUUACCAUAGAGAAGAACUUGACUUAGGCCAGUUCCAUGACCCAUGGGAAAUUUACGGAGGACAAAUCCCACCGAAUAAAGAAGAACCAACCACUCACAACACUAUCCUGGGGAGAGUGGAGGAUCACGAAGAGAUGAAGAAGUAUGCGUGGGAAUAUCAGCCCUCGCAUCAAGAAUACAAUCCCGUACAUUAUUCGCAAGAAUACUCUUCUCAACAUAACUAUCAACCAUAUCAACAUCAUGAGCAUGAACGUCAGGAAAUUCAAACUUAUCAUCACCACUCAGAGCAUCACUGGGAAUCUCAUUCCCACGACCAAAGUGCACACUAUCAUCAUCACCAUCAAACAGAUGUACAACAUUGGCAGCAAAAGCCAAAUCAUCAUCAUCAUCAACAUGAACAUCAAGAUCACUUUCAUCACGAAAAUCAAAAUGUUCAUCAUCAUGACGAAAAUAAACAGGAAUAUACCGAUUACGGUCAAACAUAUCAUUCUCACGAACAUCACCACGAUCACUCUGUAUAUAACACUGAUCAUCAAGCACAUCACCAUCUUCCUCACCAGCCACAACACGAGCAGUCGCAUACCCAUCACGUGCACACCCAAAUUCAGAACAUUUCUUCAGAUUCUAAAUCUCAUUCUCACCACCGAGUCGAACAAGUUCUUCGAGUUCAUAUAGACCACGACACAAUUGCGAAACUUCACGCCCCAAAAGGGGAUCAGACAGAAAAACUUAAGGAAAUGAUGAACGGAGAUGUCUCUGAGAAUGAGGGUGAUUAUUACGAGGAAAUCAGGCCGAGGCACCCGUACGAUGGGUUUUAUUUAAGACACAGGGUUAUAAUAGACGCACGGGGCCGUAAGAUCUGCACCCAUGAGAUCCCACCGACUCCGUCACCGUCGCCUUCCCCACCACCAGACUGUGAUCCGAUUGAGUGUUCCACUGAUUUACCAAAUGGGGAAUCGCCACAGGCUAAUGACGAUGAAGAGCAAAGUGGAGUUGCUGGCAACUUAGCACGAGUAAUCCCAGGCGCGUCUGGGUCUCAGCGCGAGGCGCUCGACGAGCUGACUCGCCGUCAAGGAUGGGAAGCAGGAAACAUCGACUACAUGGGGGCUGACUCCUUCGACAACAUUUGGGCAAAGAUCUCCCAGACUCUCAGCCAACCCAGAGUGUCGCCUCCCAAACAGCUGCCUAAAGAGCCAUCGCCGCCCAAACAAGAAGCGCCCGCUCCGGCGCCAGUAGAAGUGGCCCAGGAGGCAGCUACAGUGGACGCCCCUGCCCCCGAGGCAGCGCCGGCUCCAGUGGCGGCCCCGGAAACUGCUGUUGAGGCCCCCGCGAAAGAGCCCGCUCCUGAAGCAGUCGAAGCACCAGUGACCUCUCAGGCUGCGGCCCCUGUAGAAGCUCCGGCCCCAGCAGACGUACCAGUGACAGUAGAAGCCGCCCCGAAAGAAGCGGCCGAACCGGUAGCGGCUGCUGAAAUUCCGGCCACAGUCGAAGCCGUAGCGGCUGAUGCACCCGCGCCAGUUGACUCCUCAGAUAUCCCGGCCACAGUCGAAGCAGCUAGCGCGCCAGGUGAGGCCCCCAAAUCGACCGAGGCCCCCCCUGAAGUCCCCGUAUCUGUGGAGACGCCGGUCGCCUCCGAAGUAGCGAAAGAUGAGCCCCAAAAGACUGAGACACCCGCCCUUCCGCCCACCCCACCAGUAACGCCAAAGUCCGCCCCAGAAGCACAAAAAGAGGUGUCUGUGCCCGCUGCAGAACCUGCGUCUGAAAGUGCCCCCCAAGUAGAAUCUGUCGAGACCCCGAAAGAAGAGGUUCCAGUACCCGCGUCUGAACCUGUCUCAGAAAGCGCUCCCAAAGUAGAGUCAGUAGAACCUAAAAAAGAGGCGGCACCCGCGUCCGAGCCUGCAUCGGAGAGCGCCCCUAAAGUAGAGACUCCGAAAGUGGAAGCUCCUGUGUCUGUAGAAAGCGUCCCCAAAGUAGAAUCGCAGAAAGACGAGAUUUCACCCGCCUCAGAGGGUGCUCCCAAAGUAGAGUCAGUAGAGAGUCCAAAGGAGGAGGCUCCCGCUCCCGUAGAAGCGCCCCAAGCUCCCGUGGCCCCGGCGACCCCGGUUUCGUCCGCGCCGGCCAGCCCGGCAAAGCCGCCCGCUACGCCCGAGAAACCUUUGGCGCCUCCGUCCCCGACGGCCUCCACAGAUAGCCCGCCGUUAGCCAAUACCCCGUCCAAGGAAGAGGCCCCCGCGCUGCCCGCGGCCAAAUCGGAGGAGCGUCGCAAGGUGGGGAAGUUGCAGCUGCGGCCGCCCGCGGUCGCCGACCCCCUGCCGACUCCCGACAGCGAGCUGGAGGACGCGGCGACGCUGGCACACGCCAUCAUCGCCAGCGAGCUGCGCACGCCCACCGUCUCGCCGCCCGAGCCCGCCGCCGCCGCCUCGCCCCCGCCGCCGCUGCAGGAGAAACGUCUCUCUGUAGAAGGGCCCGAAGUCCCCACGCCGCCUAUCUCGCUCGCACAGAUCGGCGUCAAGCCCGCGCCCAAGGCUAAGCCGACCACCGCCGCCCAAAUAGAGUCCUCGCUAGCAGACAAAUCUGAGCCCGCCGCGACCGCCGACCAACCGGCGCCCAAGAAGAAGGUAGUCAAAAAGGUUAAGAAGGAGACCACCGCCGCCGGCGGCGAGGCGCCCGUCCCGCCGCCGCGCAAGAAGGAAAAGAAACCCAAAGAGAAGUGAGCGCCGUGCUCUUCAUAGUUCCUCUGUGCCAUAAGUGUAGCCUUACCUGUCUAAUUUUAAUCUUUAUUUAAUUUUCGAAUAUGCUUUUAUGUACUGCGUAAUCUUUAUGUUAGAAUUAAUUAUAUGUCGUCGUCAUCACACGUCCAUGUAUCUUUUUGUUUGAAAUUUUUACUCUUUAUGUUAACUAAAUAUUUUUACAUUUUAACUUUAUUUAUUUUUAACAGUUAUUUCGGUUUUUUAAAUUGAUUACCAAAGGAUCAACGUAUUUAUUGAAACGAAGUUUUUAUGUAAUUUUUGUAUUAAAAUUAUAUUUUGGA